AACUCCAAUGCAAACAGACACGAGCAAAGGAGUCCCAGGCAGCUCCUACACAUAAAGACUCCCUCAUACUCUCCCCAUUGACUUCUCAUUGACAGCCUCAAGCAGAAAUCAAGGACGUUGGUGUUUAAGGACCAAAGCAAUUCAGGCUACGUGGACUUUGACACUGUUGGGUAGCAUCUUUUUUUUAACUGGAAAAGACACACAUAAAUCUAGCAAGCACUGUAUUUAAUCCAAUAUAUCGGGCAAAGGAUUGUUUUGGGAAAACAAUUAUACAGUGUCUUAAGAACCUCCAGUUAUUAUCUCUCUUGCUUUUCUUAUUAUUUUAAAGGUUUUGAAAGGUGGCAGCUCUGGAUCACAUGGGUUCGGAUGUGCGAGAUCUCAAUGCUAUGCUGCCAGUGUCUCUCCCUGCGGGCAAUGGCAGCUGCACCUUGCCAGUCAGUAAUGCACCUCAAUGGGCUCCGGUCUUAGACUUCCACCCAGGGGCCCCUUACAGCUCCUUUAUCAAGCAAGAGCCCAACUGGAACUCCAGUGACCCCCAUGAUGAUCACUGUGGACUAAGCGCUUUCACGGUUCACUUUUCAGGUCAAUUCAGUGGCACUGGAGCUUGUAGGUACGGGUCCUUUGGGGCUCCACCACUAAGUCAACCACCUCCCAACCAGGCAAGGAUGUUCUCAAAUGGCCCCUACUUGCCAAACUGCAUGGAAACCCAGCCAGCCACCCGGAACCAGGGCUACAGUACUGUUGCUUUUGAUGGGACUCCCAACUAUGGGCACACUCCCUCUCAUCAUACAUCACAGUUCUCCAGCCAUUCCUUUAAACACGAAGACCCAAUGAGCCAACAACCAGCAAUAGGAGACCAGCAGUACUCUGUGCCUCCUCCAGUAUAUGGCUGCCACACCCCCACAGACAGCUGUGCAGGGAGCCAAGCCCUGCUACUGAGAAACCCGUACAACAGUGACAACCUAUACCAAAUGGCCUCACAGCUUGAAUGUAUGGGAUGGAACCCUGUAAGCACGUUGGCACCUACAAUGAAGAGCCACACAACAGGUUAUGAAAGUGACCACAAUGGGCCCUUGUUGUACAGCUGCAGUGCCCAGUACAGAAUACACACACACGGUGUCUUCAGAGGACUCCAGGAUGUUCGGAGAGUGCCAGGAGUUACUCCUGCCAUUGUGAGGUCAUCGUCAGAAGCCAAUGAAAAACGUCCGUUUAUGUGUGCAUAUCCUGGUUGCAACAAGAGAUAUUUCAAAUUGUCCCAUUUACAGAUGCAUAGCAGGAAACAUACAGGUGAAAAACCCUACCAGUGUGACUUCAAAGACUGUGGAAGGAGAUUUUCUCGAUCGGAUCAGCUUAAAAGGCACCAGAGAAGACACACAGGAGUAAAACCAUUCCAGUGUGAAACCUGUCAGAGAAAAUUCUCUCGGUCUGAUCACCUUAAGACUCAUACCAGGACUCAUACAGGUAAAACAAGUGAGAAGCCCUUUAACUGUCGCUGGCCCAACUGUCAGAAGAAGUUUGCGAGAUCGGAUGAACUGGUACGCCAUCACAACAUGCACCAGAGGAACAUGACCAAGCUCCAGUUAGAACUCUAAAAACCAUGCCAGGAAAUAAAAAAGGGACAUGCAGCUACUGCAGAAAUGCUGGCUUUCAGAGAGCACUAUAGUGUCAGAAACUAGGUGCUUUGACAGACAGGUUAACAAAGUUAACACUUUACAUGAAGUGUCUUAUUGUGUACUUACAUAUCAGUUAGUAAAUACAUGUGUUUUUACACAUAAUCACAAUGUUUACAUGCAUAGUUUAAUGUGUAAAUUUGCUUGCACAAUAUUACCUUAACCCUUUUCUGAUAGAAUCGUGUACUUACAUAUAUCAUGCAAAAAGCUCAUUUACACAUUAAGUACAUUGUAACUAUGCAUAAUAACAUUGCAAAUAUGUGGAAAUACACAGCCAUUAGAGAUACGUAAUAUGCAAAGUGUUAUAGUGUGCCACAUUAUUCUCCUCCUAUGUACAGUAUCUUGCAAACCUUGCAACACUAUUAAAUAAUACAUCGUUAUAUCAGUGCGUAAGCACAGUGUAAACCCAUAUGAGGCCAUAUUCAUGAUGACCCUAAAGGAGUAAUGUGGUGUAGUAACCUCUUAACAACAUGUGCAGAGUCUAUUCCCAGAAUGUACUGGGUGAAGCUAAUUAAACCUGCCAUUACACAUUCACUUCCUGUGCAACAGUUAUUACAGCCCCACCUGAGCCUCACCCUCACAGUCUAGGGUUCUGUUUGGGGGGGGGGGGGGGGGGGGUCAGAUGGUGUCGGAAUACCAGCUGCACGGAAAGUGAACACACAGCAUGGUGGGAGGAUGGAUUGGCUUCACUUGAAUUAAAGUGAUAUUAAACAAAAUUGUCAUGCAAGAAAAUGAUUUCAAAAGGCUUGGUUAGAACCCCUCUAAGUUAUAGACACUGACAAAUUUAAAACCACAAAAAACUGUGAUCUCAUUAUUAUUAUUAUUACUAUUAUUAUUUUUAUAGGAAAAAAACAGUGCUUGAUUGUGAUCAAGCCGGGACUAAAUCUAUGAUAUAACUUAUUUAAAUGUUCAAUAAAAAACUUUGGCUUUGGUAAAAGACUUUAUCAACGAUAUGUAAUGUAGAUAUCUUAUUUCUACAUAGCUGUUUUUGGGCUGUAACCCGGGAUUCAUUAAACUGAUCAGAAGGUUUUUCUCUAAGGUUUAACAAGUGUUGUGAUACUAACAUGGCUGCAAAAGAUACUCUCACUUUCAUGUUAGGUUAACAGCAGAGUCAUCUUUAGCGUUUGGAAUUUGUAUUCUACGUACACAAUCCCCUCCAACAAAUACUGGGUCCCGCCAGUCCAAGUGCAGUCCCAGUACCUGGUAGAGGGUAAUGUACAAAUAGUCACGCUGGCUAUGUGGCUAUUAUCUAGUUGUGAUAUUAACAUAGUAAAAAAAAAAAAAAAAAAAAAAAGUGCUGGUCCACAGUUUUCAUUUAAUCAAGUUUUCCUUGGGGGGGGGGGGGGGGAAACUAACUUAAAGACUGAAAUCUUCCAAGUAUAAAUGUGAAGAACACUUUGAUAGCUUAAGGAAUUGUAUUAUUUGAUUGUUUAUGUGUAUUUACUGUUUCUUGCUUGAAAUUAUUGUGUGUGUAUAUAUAUAUAUAUAUAUAUAUAUAUAUAUAUAUAUAUAUAUAUAUAUAUAUAUAUAUAUAUAUAUAAAAUGUGUGAUGAAGUAAUUGCUCUGUCAGCAAAAAAACAAAAUAAACAUUGUAUAAUUAUUAGGUGCAUCACAUUUUCCAGAGUUGUUCCUCUUAAAUGUAUUGACAACACUAACAAUAUAACCUGCAUUUGUUUUUUCACUGAGCUUUGAAUUAAAGACCAUUUAAAAGAGAA